AGAGACAAUUUGUUUAACAAUUUUCAUUCCAAGUUUCUAGUUUCUAUCCAGACUCAAUUGUCAAAGUAAACCAACCCAAACAAUCAACUUCAAAAUGAUCCGAACCAUUGUUGCCCUUUGCUUCGUCUUCGCUGUUGCCUCAGCUCGAAUCACUCCAGUCCGUCAAUGUGCCAACACUGAUGCUAAAGGAUCUGUUGCCAAUGUCGAUGUUGUACCCUGUGAUGCUGAUCGAUGUGCCUUCAAGCCAAACACCAAAGUUACCAUCAAUGGUGAACUCACCACAACCAGCACUGCUGCAAACCCAACUGUCUCCGUCCAAGUUGAAGUUGCCGGUGUCUUCAUUGAGUACCCUGGUAUCAGCAAGAAUGCCUGUGAAUACCUUUCAUGUCCAUUGAAAGCUAAUGCUCCAAACAAGUUCACCAUUGAAAUCACUACCCUUGACUGGCUUCCACCCAUGGAAAGCAAAAUGCAAUUCCAUGUCUACGAAUCUGAAGGUGGUGCUGAAUUGGCCUGUACUGAAGCUGAUAUUGCUAUCAUUGCUGCAUAAGCUGACUAUUGAACAAAUGAUUAAAUCAAUGAAAUAAAUAAAUUUAAUAUCUCAAACAAA